GCAUCAUAAGUUUAAGGCCAGCCUGAGUUACAUACCAAAGUUAGGCUGCAUGAAACCUUGCAUCAAAGGAGGGAAAAGAGUUCGAAAUAAAGUCUAUUUAUAGAAGAUAAGAAACAGCUUUUUCCGUUGUCUUUGGUUCUUGCCCCUGUGAGGACUCCAGACCCGAAAGCCUGUCGCCAUGCCUUGGAAAAUUGAGGAAAUCAAGGACUUUCUGCUCACAGCCCGGUGGAAGGACGACAAACCCGUCAAGAUCAAGAAGAACAAAAAUAACAUGAAGUUCAAGGUUCGCUGCCGCAGGUACCUUUACACCCUGGUCAUCACAGACAAGGAGAAGGCAGAGAAACUCAAGCAGUCUCUACCCCCAGGUUUGGCAGUGAAGGAGCUGAAAUGAACCAGAUCUGCAUAUGACUAUUUAAAGCCCUGAAAAGAAAAAAAGAAAAAGAAAAAAA